GAACUUAACUUCUUCUAUGUUCACGUCAGGAGCUUCAACAGGCACAACAACGCCCUUCAACCUCACUGCCUCGGAAGCCCUUCUUCGUUCCAGGCUCAAUCUUGGCGUCUUCCAAACCGAAUCUGACUUGUGCAAUGUUGGCCAAAGUCUUGUCGUGAUGAACCUCGGCGGCGCAAUGGGCAGUCGUGUCGAUCUAAAUCCAUCCCUCCGCGUGUCUGAGAAUUACGCUCCACUGUCGAACUAUACCGGAGCCACACUUGAGGCAGUCCCAGAACUACCGUUGUACGCGACUGUGGACACAGCGGGUUCACGUUUAGCGUUUACUUUGGGCGACUUCAAAGGGUACGCGAGUGGGCCUUGGACAUUGUGUUGGAAGUCGGGAUUGGUGGAGAUGGAAGGUGGAAUAAAUAGCUCCGAAAUGCUGAAUGGUAGUACGAUCAGUGGCAGUAAUGCGACAUCACCCACAAAGAACGCAUCAAAUACGUCAGGAAGCAACGCAUCAGUAUCUUCAGAGGCUAAUGUUACUUCUACGGCCACCUCCAGUUCCGUUUCCUCUCUCUGGGUUCCAUUUGGACAGAUGCAUGUCGUCGGACCGACAAGACGCCUAGUGAACUGCAAUCUAGGCGCUCGCUGCGCUGUUGAGAUCCACGGGUACGGGAAUUUUGCGCCUAUCUCAAAUUUUCUCAUCGCGCAGAAGCAGGAAGGCAAUGCGACAGCUACUAGAAGGCUGACGACUUCCUUAGAGUAUGCCUCCGCGACUGAAGUAGGUGCAGGAAAUUCAUCCACUUCCACCGCGAAAAACGCAGAAGAGAUAGCAGCCAACGACUGCGACGGGCCAGAAUGGAUGUCUGUGUAUGACGCAAGCUCUGAGUUCACGUAUGACACUCAAGCCCAAACCCAGACAAUCAAACUCGACACGCCAUUCGCCAACAUGCCGACGACGAACGCGGAUGCGUCAACACUGUAUCUUUGCUGGAGGGCGUCUGCGACCACGUCUUCAAGUGCUGACACUACAAGCUCUCCAAGCGCAAGUUCAUCAACUUCCCCCCCGAGUUCUACAAUAAACAAGAACCUCAAUCCUUUCAUGGCCCUACCCGGAAUGAAAGAGACGCUAGGUGUAUCUAGUUCCUACCAAUCGCAGAAUCAGUUCACGAGGAUUGGACAAUUCGUGGUUUCUGGUCCUGUGCUACUAGGUUCUGGACAGGGUCAGCACUUCUACUGCGAACUAGGCGAUCAUGAGUGUGACAUUCAACUCAACUACGUCGGUACUUCUCCUGGUUUGCAGUCUUCUCUCAACAUUUCCUAUUUGCAACUGCAACCAGUGCUUGGUGGCGAGACGCACCCAGACGCAACUGUAGUGAACAAAUGCAUCGAUGGAACGCGUGUCGCCAGUAGUAUUCGACUGCAGAACGCCUUUAGAGGAAGUUCGAACUUCUUCAACUCGACGAGUGAUCUGUUUCAGUUAGGGCAUGUGAAGUUGCGAGAACCGGUGGGAUGGACAGGAACCUACAGGAUCUGCUGGAGGUCGAGUUUGGGAGACACGAAAGCAUCCGCCACAGGAGCAAGUACAUCCUCCACCUCCUCAACAUAUGCUUCAUCUGCAAAUAGUGCUCACCAACAUGGUUCAAGCUCAGCGAUGCAAGAAUUGCAGUCAUCUUCUUCUGGCGCAUCUGGAGGUUACAGACGAAGGAGGUCUCUGACAGCAGCAUCUGCUGGCACAGGAGCGCAUGAUCCUAGUAGUGGCACUAUGGAAGAGGACCAUAUGUACGGCUACCUCGGUUCCAUGAGUACUUUUGACCAAACUAAGGAGACCAUGGAUGAACUCCAGAAAAGAUGGCGCGCUCAGUACGAUGGCCAGAAACAAUAUGAGUUUCAAACCGCCACAACUGGUGAAGAAUCAGGCAGUUUCUACGACAUUGGCAGGAUCACAUUUGUCGGUCCUCUAGAAACCGAUAUCUAUUGCGCAUUGGGCGAAAUGUGUGAGGCAAUGAACGUGUCCGGCACUUACUUGAAAAACACGCCAUCGCGAAGUGUGUCGAUCGUUGUGCGAGAUGAUGCGACAAGCUUCGGUGAUGCAGAAUGUCAAAGGGCUUUUAGCUUGAGCAUGAGCAAUAGCGCAUCUUCUACAGGCAUGACCCUGGAACAGCACUUGUUGGACGGUUUAGUAGCGGAUUUCGCAGACGCCGUUGGUGGUAGCAUUACUUCGAUCGCAGUAAGUGCGGAGGAAGACACAUUCAAAAACCCAGUGUCACAAUUGAAGUCGAACUCUAGUGGAGCAACUUCCUCUGAAGAGACCUUUAGCGUGCUGUUUGGCAUUCCUGAGCGGGGUGUUGCAGGAGAAUAUGCGUUGUGUUGGCGUGAGAGAGAGGUUUUCGGUACCUUCCACUUGACAGGUCCCCUCAGUGGCAGUGCCAGGCCGACCACUUGUCCACUUGGCGUGACCGAUUGCAGGUUGAGGAUAGAAGGCCAUGCGUUAGCCGCUUCCAAUCAUUUGCGAAUUGCUGAGAGCGCCUUUCCCUAUCAGAGUGUCAAUUUUCUCCCAAAAAACCCAGUGCAAGUCACCAGCGAUUUGCGCCACCGCUUGUACAGCUUUGGGCCGCUGAAUGAUGCUUCGAUUCGACCAGGCAUAUACAGUGUGUUCUGGGGCCAGACGCCAAAUGCACAGAAAGUUUCGACUGACGUUGUCGUUUUUCAAGGCCCAGAAGUCAAAUCCUUGACAGCUCCAGAUGGCGACACCGGGUUCUCCUGCGUGUUGGGAGAAGAAUGCAGAAUCGAAUUGAACGGCGUGGCUUUGCAGAGCUUCAAUCGUUUGAAGGUUCUUGCUUACGACCGAUUAGAACCUACUAGGGUCUACAAUGCGCCUGUUCAAACAGUGGGGCCGAAUGGGACUGUGGUUUCGACAAAUCUCACACGAAUGGUCUACGAAUGGGCACCACAAAUCACGACUCUGCUGGACGAUGUUGAAGAAGGCCUAGCGACAUCGAAUACCACCAACAACUCGACCAACGCAUCAACAACUACCUCUAGUACUUCAAGUGGGAGUGUGACGACCCUGGACACGAAUUGGACUGUCACAGAGCUGACGAACGACGGGAUCGAGAAAUCAGUUGACGGCUACCUCGGCUUCCCCUACAACCCGAUCCAUCCAGAGUCUAUUCGUCGAAACGGUGCUAGUUUCUCCUUCGGCAUUCCACUCGCCAACGCUUCACGAGGAUAUAGACUGUAUUGGCAUGUACACUCGAAGAAUAAUGAAGCAGCCACGAUGUUAGACGCCAAAAUAGCGUCUGAAUGGAUUACAGCCGGCAGUUUCGAAAUCCUAGGACCAAUUGUGCCGGAUGGCACUGUCAAUGACCUGAUGCACCGAUUUGAGCAUGAAGCUGAGGGGUUUUUCUAUCCAAACGCCAUCUCGAACAACUCCAAUAUGACCAACUCCGCAGCGAACCCUGCCUCAUCUUCCACAAAUGAAACAGCAAAUGCAAGUUCAACAUCAAGUGCUGGGAACAACAGCACUGUUGUAUCUCUUCUAUCUUCAGCAUUGGACGUCCCUGCCACCACCACGACAUCAACAUCCACGAGCACUUCUACGCACUACGAUUUCCAUUCGUGCGUGAUUGGAAAGACCUGCUCCAUCGCCGUUGAGUUCAUCGGAAGGACUUUCGUAUCAAACAGCAUGCGCAUUCGUCAUGCAUGCGCUUUCAACGACACGUUCUUGCAACUCAAAGCAAAAGACCCGUUGAGUGAUGAACGGUUUCCAGAAGACGCAAUGCUGCCCUAUAGUGCGGGACGAAGGUUGUUGGAAGAGGAAGACGGAGGUAAUGAAGGUGUUGAGGAUGCUCUGAAUCCGGGUAGAUUUGAAACUCACAUCGGUGUCGGUGUCGCCGACAUUGACAGCAAACAGACAGCAUCUCCUGCGGUUGCAGCACCAGAAGUGGAUGAUACUGACCUCGACACUAAGCUCCGGCGUUUAUCGCACAACACACCAACCACAACACCCGCGCCUCUUCCGACGCCGCUAGGUCUGUCUUUCGUGCCUAAUUUUUUGCCCUACGGCUACCGCCCAACAUUAGCCGACCUGAAGCAACAAGGCUACAAUCAGUAUGAAAACGCGAAGACCGGUUUCCGGAAUUACAUCCCAAUAGGAUGGCCUGGCGCGGUGUCCUCCGAUAACAUGGGGUGGCCUGCACGGAUGUUUGAGACCAGUGAGCAUCCUUACGACCCAAGUUGGUCGAGACCAGCAUUGGUAGUGGAUCCUGUGAUAUUGCCGGAAGUUAGGGAUUUGACCUUGGAUGGUGGGUUUAAGGGCUAUGUGGAGACAGGGGAUUUGAUGGAUACGACGACCUACGCUUCAUCAGCGUCGACUUCAGGAUCAGGAACUGGUGUUAGUCCCAGUCCAACACAAGAGGACCUUCUCAAAUCUCUUAGUUCUGUGGAUGCUGCUACAGGUCAAGCUGUAACGCGUGAAACACUAGCAACGACUGACACAUCAACCGAGUACACAACCGAUUUGCUCUUAGACUCUUUAGAGGUCCAAAAUAACGAGCACACAAUCACUGCCUUACAAAACAGGACCGUCUUCAAAUACGACUUUGGUCUGGCCACUACUUUGCCAACAUUCACAGACUACGAACUCUGUUGGUCGAAGAACGAAGUGAUUUUGUCUCCUUUACGCUUGUACGGCCCCGUGGAUGCGAAUCUCGGACGUGUUAAUCGAUGCAAAUUCACGUUUCCAGCAGCAACGUCUCCAUCCAGAGAGGACACGUCCGCGAGCAAUGACACAACUAGUGGAACGUCGAAUGACACUACCAAUUCCUCCUCCUCGACUGCUGGAGGUGACAAAGACGAUUGCUUGUUCUACGUCGCGGGUGACUUCUUUCCCAUACAGGCGCCUUUGAUUGCAGCUGUGGACACAAAAAAUGCCAGUUCGAGUUCUGCAGAAAAUAGUCCAUCAGAAUCCAGCUCAACGAACAGUUCUGGGAAUGAUACUGUGCCCACAAGUCGUGGAUCGAAUAAGAAAAACUUCAUCCAAAUCGUCGACGACUACGAUUGCAGCACUUCUACUUCCAACGUCAUACUAAGUGGAAAUUUGGAAACCGUCGCUCGUACAAAAGAACUGCAACAGCCCUCUUCAGUUCCUGCUGUAGUAGAAGAAUCGGAUUUAUGAAACGAAAAAGUGCACUUACACUCAAGAAAUUGGCUAGGAUUUACGUAGGAAAAUAGCCACUUUUUUUGAGUGUGAGUGCACUUUUCUCUUUCAUAGGAUUACUAUGGCAAUGGCGUAACCACGUUUGAUGAUAUGGCGAACCCAUUUGGGGCUGACCUGUCACGGUACAAUGCUCAACAACUGAAUCAGUUGAACGUGAUGAAUCAGUACGUUACACUGCCAGAAAACGGCGUCCUGGCGUCGGAAAAACGCGCUGUGAUGCGCCUAACCGCUUCGGAGGACCUGCGGAAAUUUAGAAGAAAAGACAACUACACGAUAUGCUGGAAGCAUGAGAAUGUAACCGAAGACCCCUGGGUCCGUGCUGGCUUUUUAUCAGUGGAAACGCCAUAUACAUGCGUACUAGGAAGUUUGUGCGCUCUGGAUGUGGAGGCGUUGACUACAAACGCAGAGAAGAGUCUCUCGUCAACAAGUGGAUCGUUUGACAAUGCGACUGACCGUUUGGAAUAUGAGUUUUCCGUCAGUGAGGACUUGAGUUGCAGCACAAAGGCUACAAACACGACACUGGUCAAAGUGCUGAAUGGACUCGAGAACGCAGCAAACGUGGAAACAGUGUUGAAGAACCUGAUUCGGGAACACUUGGUCAUGCACCAAACUAUGAGCGACACCCCGGAAAACGCAAUUGCGCAUACGACUGCCGACCCACGGGUCCUGUCUGAAUUGGCGAGAAGAAAUUCACUGUUGCAGUCGUUCGGCUUCAAGAAGCUACUGUUGUUGCCGUUCGUAGCUGGAGUUUAUAGCUUGUGCAUGGCGGUGCACAAGGUGCCACUGGUCCUCGAUGAUGGGACCUCCUCGUCGUCGAGCAAUAUCACGACCACUAGUAAUAACGCGUCCAGCACCAGCUCCGUGGUGUUGAUGCCGAAAAGCGCGCAGGGUUUUCUGGUUGUGGAUGGGCCAAAUCGCAAGUUUGGUUCCUCCAUGCAACAGGCAAACGACUCGAACUCCUCCUCGUCUUUGUCAACAUCAGCAUCGGCCUAUAGAGCAAACAGUCGGAUCGACAGUGCUCUCAUCAGGUCAGGGGAUUAUGAUUACUUGCAAAAGGCGAGUCGUGGUACUGCUACUGGUACAUACAACGUUAGUACGAUGA